AUGGCUGAUGUAGAGCAGAUGUUUUUUAAUUUUGAGGUUCAAGAAAAACAUAGGAAUUUCUUACGCUUUCUCUGGUUCAAAGACAACGAUCCAGCAAAGUCACUGGUUACAUAUAGAAUGCGUGUACAUGUUUUCGGAAAUUCACCAUCUCCUGCAGUUGCGACCUACGGUAUUCGUCAAGCUGUGUGUGGUCAUAACUCGGACAUUGAUUGUGAUGAUGUGUGUGACUACGUCAAGAAAAGUUUUUAUGUUGACGACGGGCUGGUUUCAAAGGCGCAUGAAAAUGAAUUGAUAAGUUUAAUCAAACGGACACAGGCAAGAUUACAAGAUGGAGGUGUUAUUCGACUCCAUAAGAUAGUGUCGAACAGUACAGCUGUUUUAAGCAGUUUUCCACCAAGUGACUUAGCAAAGAACAUUACUGAAAUUGACUUUAGUUCGGAAACACCAUGUAUACAAAAAAAUUUAGGUCUGAGCUGGAAUGUAGUGAAAGAUGUAUUCUCAUUUCAGGUGUCUACAGAUAAGAAACCGUACACCAAAAGAGGUCUGCUGUCUACUAUAAAUGGAUUGUUCGAUCCCCUUGGUUAUGUGGCACCAGUUAUAUUAGGCGGUCGUCUUAUAAUGAGAAAGGCCAUCCAAGACAAUAAUCUGGGCUGGGAUGAUCCAUUGCCGGAAAACUUAAAGAGAGAAUGGACAGACUGGCAAAAAUCUCUUGUUCAUCUUGUGCAGCUGGAAAUACCACGUGCCUUUACAGAAAUGUCAUUUGAACACAGUACAAAACGCGAACUUCAUGUAUUUUCAGAUGCAUCCAAGGAGGCUAUCGCCGCAGUGGUCUAUAUUCGUAUAUAUGAAUCAACCGGAAAUUCUCACAUUGGGUUUGUACUUGGAAAGUCGCGGUUAACUCCUACCCACGGACAUACAAUUCCAAGGUUAGAGUUAUGUGCUGCUGUAGUAGCUACAGAACUGGCUGCAUUUGUACAGAAAUAUUUAGACAUACCAUCUCAGUCAACAUAUUUCUACACAGAUAGCAAGGUGGUCUUAGGCUAUAUAAACAAUGAAACACGUAGGUGUUGUGUGUAUGUGGCAAAUAGAGUUGAUAGAAUCUUAAAGUUGUCGUCGCGUAAUCAAUGGAACUUUGUGCCUACUGAAAGAAACCCAGCAGAUCAUGGUACACGUCCAGUGAGUACAAUCAAUAUGAAGGACUGUAAAUGGUUGACAGGAAUAGAAUCUGGGUUGCAGAGAAAUAUUGAAAAUCAACAUGUACAGUUUAAACUAGUAGAGCCUGAAGAAGAUGUAGAAGUUCGCCCAGUUGUAAAAGUGAACAAGAUAGAAGUGAGAAAGGCGAAUCUUGGUGGACAUCGUUUCGAGCGUUUUUCAUCCUGGAAUAGACUGGUUCUAGCAAUUUCGUGUUUGAAAAGAAUUGCAAAUAAAUAUCAUAAAACUGUACAGACUGAUACAAGAAACAAUGUAGAAUUCAAGAAAGCUGCAGAGAUUAUGAUUCUGAAAGAAGCUCAAAGGGAAUCCUAUUCUAAAGAAAUAGAUUUAUUAAAAACUGACAAAUCAGUUGCUAAAGACAGUAGUUUAUUGAAGCUCUCACCUAUUUUAGACUCCAAUGACUUGUUAAGGGUUGGUGGUAGAAUAAGAAAUGCCAGGUUAGAAACAGGGGAGAAAACUCCUAUAAUAAUACCAGGAAAGCAUCAUAUCGCAAUGCUUCUAGUUAGACACUUUCACCAGUUGAUAUCUCAUCAGGGUCGUCAUCUGACUGAAGGAGCAGUACGUUCAGCUGGAUAUUGGAUUACAAGUGGAAAACGACUUAUUAGUCGUGUAAUUCAUAACUGCGUUAGAUGUCGUAAGUUAAGAAGACCUACUGAACACCAGAAGAUGGCGGAUCUUCCAAUUUGUCGCUUGACUCCAAGUCCUCCUUUCACAUACGUGGGCGUCGAUACUUUUGGGCCUUGGUCUAUAGUUUCCAGACGUACAAGAGGUGGUUUAAGCAAUAGUAAACGCUGGGCAAUACUGUUUUCAUGUUUGAAUACUAGAUCAGUCCAUAUUGAGGUGAUAGAGGAGAUGAGUGCUUCAUCAUUUAUAAAUGCGUUAAGGAGAUUCAUUGCCAUUAGAGGUCCAGUGAAAGAGUUUUACUCAGACCGUGGAACAAACUUUAUAGGAGCUGUUGGAGAAAUGGGUAUGGACAAAGUGAAUGUAGAAGAUACAGAUAUUAAAGGUUUUCUAAGAAAUCACAGUGCUGUCUGGUAUUUCAGUGCACCUCAUUUAUCACAUAUGAAUGGAUCGUGGGAAAGAAUGAUCGGUUUGGCCAGAAGAAUUUUGGACUCCAUGUUGUGUGAUAUUAGUACUAAACAUUUUACUCAUGAAGUACUUUGUACGUUGAUGUCUGAAGUCAUGUGUAUUAUUAACAGUAGACCAAUUACCACUGUGUCAGAUGAUCCAACUUCUCCAGCCGUUCUUUCUCCAAACAUACUGUUGACACAAAAGGUAAAUUCCGACAUUGAACCUCUUCAGAACUUUGAUAUAAAAGACAUGUAUAAAUCUCAGUGGCGGCAGGUACAAGUACUAGCUGAUCAGUUCUGGAAACGUUGGAGAGUUCAGUAUCUUCACAGUCUACAAGUUAGGAGAAAAUGGCAAACUGAACGUUCAAAUAUAAAGUCUGGUGAUGUUGUAUUAAUGAUGGAUAGUAAUGUACCGCGUAUUCACUGGCCAGUAGGAAUUGUAGAAAAUGUGUUUCCUAGUUCUGACGGACUUGUACGUAAAGUUUCGAUACGUGUGAUAAAUGAAGGCAAAGUUGCGAAUUACACGCGUCCGAUUACCCAGUUGGUGCAUUUGCUUUCUGAAUGA